AUGAGGCAGCGAACGGUGGUGAUGUACGUGGAGAGUUGCUUUGUGUCCUGUGUGUGGCUGGUUCUGAAUUGUUCCACUCUGGCCACUGAGUACUGGGUCGUCUCAGAAAGUGCGUCUGUGGUUCUCAGCGCCGGUGAUUACUAUUCCAACCUCUGGAUGGACUGUGUCGCAGACACCACAGGAGUAUCUGACUGUAAAUACUACCCCUCCAUGAUGGACCUGCCUGUUUUCCUCCAUGUUUGCAGGGCCCUGGCUGUCGUCUCUGUGAUCUUUGGCUUCUGGGGGGCUGUUCUUGCCCUCAUUGGGAUGAAAUGUACCAAAAUCGGAGGUUCUGAGCUCGCCAACGCCAGAGUUACAUUUGCAGCAGCGUUGACAUACAUGGCAUCUGGAUUUUGUGGUAUGAUAGUGUACUCCUGGUGGGGAGAAAAGACACGCUCAGAAUUUGUGGAUCCAUAUUUCUUAGAAUUAAAGUUUGAGCUCGGUGCAGCUCUGUUCAUCGGUUGGGGGGGUUCAUGUCUGCUUAUUUGUGGAAGUGCAGUCAUGGGUUAUUUCUCUGGGAGAGAGUCAUUCCCUAAAAGGUUUAAUAAACAACCCAGAAAACCCCCAACCUACAUGACAGCGCGCACCAGACGGACGUACAUGCUGCCGGGCUCGUCCAGACCCACAACAGUCAUCAUCCCUCCUUCACACCAAUCAUACAGUGAGAGCAGAGGAACCAGAGCGAGUGGAGGGAGGAGAGGAACACAAGAAAGCCAGUCUGUUAGACCCAGCCUGCCCCCCAUAGACUCGGCUGUGUAAUCCAAUGUUUAAAGAAACGGUAGCCUAUCACACCUUAAUACAAUUAUUUUACAGCAUUUAUUAAUCUAGAUUAAUUUAUUACUAUACUAUUGAUCAUUGUUAAAUUGUGUUCUUUCCUAAUACAUUAACUGAUGUUAAUUUGUAUUUCUUAAAUUGUUAAAAUGUAUAGUGAAUGUAGAAAUUAACAUGCUGUAAAGGUAUUCAUAUAUUACAUGUUACUGCAAAAAAUAUCAAUGUACAGAAUGUUUCUCUGUUACCAAAGAAAUUAUUUUGAAACAUCUGUGGGAAAAGGCACUUGUUGAGUGUCUCUGAUGCUAAUAAUUUUCUAUACAUUUUCUCAAA